AUGGCUGGCGACGCUGUUAUCCUCGCACGCUUUACCCAGCAGAUAGCGAGCCAAAAAAACGAACCUGCAUUGGGAACAAAUCGCGGGCUCAUGUUGGACAAUGCAGCUUCCUGGAUCGAUGACAGCCCAAUCGUAGCGCAACACCCAAUAUUUGGAUAUGCCGCUGAUCGAAUCAGGAUGGGGAUGAAGUGA